AUGACGUCCACACAGGCGUGCCCACACUGCUUCGCGCUCGUGCAAAAGUCGACUGGCUGCAACCACAUCACGUGCUCGUGCAAGGGCGGGCGGCUCUUAGAGGGAUCUCUCUUGCUCUCUGUAUGCAAGACACACACGCGCUCUCGCGAGUUCUGCUACAUCUGCGGCGUCGCGUACCCGCUGCCUCGCGGCCACCCCAACCACGACCGCGCCGAGGGGCCGACCCUCAACCCGCAGGGCGUGCCGGUACCCGACCGCCUGCUCCUCGGCGAAGGCGGCGCGGAGGCGAGCGCCGUGGGCAUCGUGACCUUCUCCACGACCGACCCGCUGCCGCGCACCACAGAGGAGGCACGCGCACGCCUCUCGGAGCUGCAGACGCUGCGCUGCCCGCGCUGCGACCGCGGCGUCCACAUGGAGCGCUCCUUCGACGCGUGCUUCGCUCUGCGCUGCCCCAGCUGCCCGGCAGCGACCAUAACGCAGGCCCACUUUUGCGCGUGGUGCCUCCGCCCUGCGGCGCCAGGCGAGGAUCUGCACAGCCACGUCCUCGACUGCACGGAGGCGCCCGCCGAUAUGCGCGGCAGCGCUCUCUACCUGCACGACUCGAACGGCGGCCCGCAUGUUCCUCCCCACCCGCACACGAAGUUUAUGGCACACUGGCGGAGCGCGAAUCGCCGCCGCGCGAUGCGUCUCAUCGGGAGCCUGCCGGAGGAUGGUUCCAUCGACAAGCCGCUGCUGGUGCGCGAGCUGGACUCGCACCUCUGCGACUAGCACUCUCGGGUGUGCUCCCUACCUACCUACCUGCCUGGAAACUUGCUUGGCUGGCUCAAGCCAGAGUAAUGAAACCCAAGGGGUAGUCUGUCAGUCUGCAGUCAGACACCUUCUCAAUGCGUUAGACCGUACUAGAAUAUUUGUCAGCGA